AUGGUCUCAGUUGUGCCAUAUGCACCGGUCCCACAAGGUCAGGCAUUAGGUCAAGUCCCACAAAGUCAGACAUAUGGACAAGUCCCAGCUGCGCCAAAUGUACCGGUCCCACAUGUUCAGUCAUAUGGAUUAGUCCCACAAAUUCGGCCACGUCCACAUGGUGUCCCACAAAGUCACUCAUCUCCUUGCAGUUCAGAUGAAUCAGAAGAAUGUGUGCAACCUCAUGGUGUAAGAGGUUUGUUAAGAAAAUUAAAAAGAGGAUUGAAGGGUUUCAACUGUAUUCGACCUCACCAUCAUUCUCAUUGUGACCUUCACUGUUCUUCUGAAUGUGACGUUGAAUGUGUUCCUGACUGUGCUACUGAAUGUGGUCCGGAUUGUGCUGCUGAAUGUGGUCCUGACUGUGUUGCUGAAUGUGGUCCUGACUGUGCUACUGAAUAUCAUUCUUCUGGAUCAGAUAGUCAUGAUCAUGGUCAUGCUGGUAGUCAUGAUAGUAGUCACGAUGGUAGUCACGAUGAUAGUCACGAUGGAGGUCAGGAGCAUCAUCUUGGACUUCAUGAACACAAUCAUGGAGCUCAUGAAGUAGUUGAUCACGAAGCAAUAUUUAUUCCGGACACCAGAUAUAAUCCAAAAUUAAAUAUAAGGGAAAUAUUGAAACCUACAUUAAAAAUAUGGGUUCCUUAUGACGAGAAUACUGCUGAUUGUAAAAAUGACGGUAAUCAUCAGGACGUUUACUGGGAUAAAGAAUGUGGUACAUUGAUUGUAGAUGACCAUACUGCCGGACAUCAUCAUUGAACACACACAUAUGACGUAUACCAGGUGAUUAAUUUAAUGCAAGACAAUUGUCUUAUAGGAAAAUAAUAAUUACCAUUUUAUAGCUUUUUUUCUUUUUGAAAAGUUUUUAUUUAUGAUAUUUGUCAACUAUUUGAAUUUACAUUAUUUCAUCUA